AUGGACGGGCGUCUCAGCUCCCAGGGGCAGCCCAGCCCCCCAGGUGGCUGGGAAGAGGCGACGGUAGAGGAGCAGCUCCAGAAAGAUGGCACCGGGGGACCCCCAGGAGCCUUCUCCUCAAUCUCGGUCCGUCCUGACAGGUGCAAACCCCUCACGCGCCUCUUCUCGGCCCAGGUGUUUGGCAUCGCAGGCGCGCGCGCCCACACGCACCUCUUGCCCGGGUGUCGGGGGAGCCCCGUGCUCAAGCUCCCAGAUUCUAGCACAGCGGGGACAUCUCUCCGGAGCCUCCAGAAAUUUGUUCCCACCCAUGCCGCCAGCUACACGCAGGAGGACUACGAGUUUGCAGGCGAGAAGAUCGUCCUUCAGGAGUCCCUGGAGAAUCUCGGGGCGCUGGUGUGGCCGGCGGCCGUAGCUUUGUGCCGGUACUUGGAGGAACACGCAGAGGAACUGAACCUCCAAGACGCUAAAAUACUUGAGAUCGGUGCUGGACCGGGCCUGGUCUCCAUUGUGGCCAGUAUCUUAGGUGCUGAAGUCACAGCAACGGACAUGCCGGACAUCCUAGGAAACCUGCAGUACAACCUUUUAAGGAACACGCUGACGCGGGCGGCACACCUACCCGACGUGCGGGAGCUGGUGUGGGGCGAAGGCCUGGAGCAGCACUUCCCCAGGGCCGCGUGCCACUACGACUACGUCCUGGCCUCGGACGUGGUCUACCACCACCACUGCCUGCAGCCGCUGCUCGCCACCAUGGCCCACCUCUGCCGGCCGGCGACGGUGCUGCUCUGGGCCAACAAGUUCAGACACAGCACCGAUUAUGAGUUUUUAGAUAAGUUCAAGCAGGUUUUUGACACAACGCUCUUGGCUGAAUUCCCUGAGUCGUCAGUCAAGCUUUUCAAAGGCACCCUGAGAUGGGACUAA